CGCGUCGACGCCCAGACAGUAGUCAGCGGAAUCUUGGAGGUGAAUCAUAGUGACAACGAGCGAUUCGAAACGGAUUUUAUCACAAUUACCAUGACGGAAUCCCAGAAAACAUUCCAGGUUUCGCUCGGACUUGGCGGCACUUUGGAGGAACAUUCAGAUGAGCCGAAGCGAGGUAGUUGGUCCAACCAGAUCGAAUUUGUUCUAGCCUGCAUCGGAUACGGCGUUGGCAUCGGCAAUGUUUGGCGUUUCCCUCUCUUCAUAUAUCGCAAUGGCGGUGGCGCCUUUUUAAUACCUUUCAUUCUCAUGCUGUUUACAAUGGGUCUACCUAUAUUCUUUCUGGAACUUUGUAUGGGUCAGUACACUAGAUUAGGGCCCAUAAAGGCUUUCAGCCGCAUGGCACCAGCAUUUCAUGGCCUAGGUUAUUGUACGUUGAUUGUCAUUUUCCUAGUGAUGAUAUACUAUAUGAUAAUAGUCGCUUGGAUUUUAUUCUACAUCUUUGCUUCUUUCUCUCCAAAACUCGCCUGGGCGUACUGCGAUAAUGAUUUUAAUUCUAAGGAUUGUUAUAGCGGCCUUGAAGAUAUAACAUGCCAGCAGAGCACUAAUUCAAGCUCUAUAUUUUACAACAAUAGCUGCGUGGCUAUCCACGCUGUCUGCUCGAAGUUUGGUUACUUAAACGGCGGCAAUACCACUCACUGUUUUACAAACGACGACGGGGCAGAAGCCUUCAGUGAUAUAAUGAAGCGGACACUAUCGUCCGAAGAAUAUUUCAGAAACAACGUUCUUGGUUUACACGAUGCCACAUGGGAGAACUUUGGUGGUAUACGAUGGGAAUUGUUCGGAUGUCUCACUUUAGCUUGGACAGUGUGCUUCCUAUGUCUGGUACGCGGCAUCCAGAGCAUCGGCAAAAUUGUCUACUUCACUGCCCUUUUUCCUUACGUUAUCCUCACAAUUCUGCUAAUACGAGGUGUUACGUUAGAGGGCGCCGAUGAAGGCGUUCUCUGGUACAUCAUGCCCAAGUUUUCGACGCUGAAAGACGCCAAGAUGUGGGCGGAUGCCGCCUCUCAAGUCUUUUAUUCGCUCGGUAUCGGCUGCGGAACUUUGGUCACCCUCGCAAGCUAUAGCAACUUCAACAACAAUUGUCACAGGGACGCUAUUUUUGUCACCUUUACGAAUCUACUCACGUCCAUUUUCGCUGGCUUCGUAAUAUUCUCAAUACUCGGAUUCCUGGCCCGGGUGAUGCACAUGCCGAUCGAGAAGGUGGUUCAGGAGGCGGAGGGAUUGGCUUUCAUCGCUUACCCAGAGGCAGUGGUACAGAUGAGAUAUCCGAAUCUCUGGGCCAUUCUGUUCUUCUUCAUGCUCUUCAUACUCGGCCUCGGUAGCCAGUUUGCAGGCAUACAAGCGAUAAACACUGCCAUAUUGGACAAGCGUCCAGAUUUGCGAAAAUAUGAAAGUCUUGUGAUAUUGGGAAUAUGCGUUGCCUGCUGGCUUCUAGCGAUUCCGAUGGUGUUCCGCGGCGGUAUCUACUUGUUCAAACUGAUGGAUUGGCAUACCGCCUCGUGGGCGAUCCUAUUGAUCGGCUUCGCCGAAAUCAUUGUGCCUUCCUGGUUCUAUGGAUGCAACAGAUUCCUGAGUAACCUCGCUGAAAUGAAAAUGAGAUUUAAUCGCUUUAUCUACGGCUAUUGGUGGUUAUGCUGGGUAGUCCUCGCACCUCUCACUUGCCUAGGGAUCUUUGGAUAUCAACUAUAUAAUACCGACUUUCAGGGAAAUUAUGGUUUGUACAAAUUUCCCGCUUGGACGAAAGGAAUUGGAAUUUUGAUCGGAUUGAUAACGUUGAUACCAUUGCCAGGCUUUUUUUAUGUGCAAGUUUGGAAAACCAAGAGUUUGCGGGUCUUAUUUCGACCCUCACCGUUAUGGAAAGCGACCGAGCAGAAUAAUACACCAGUUAAUGACAGUACCAGCACUGCGGUGAUCAAUCCGGCAUAUGUUUCCUCGGAUAAGGCUUGAAUUCUUGUAUAUACACGCGAUGGAGAGAGAGACUCGAAUAAAUUUUGAAAUAUAGAUCGCUUCUUAAUGUGAAGAAUAAUUUCAAAUGCAAAUUUAACGUGCAAAAAAAAAAAAAUUUAUGAAACUGCUGUAAAUAUUUUGUUUUAUUUCAUCAGUUAUGCUUGUUUAUUUUAAUAAUGAAACAUCUAAACAUUGUAAGAGCAUUAUAUUGAAAUUAUUCACAAGUUACAUUAAUCUGAAAAUAAUUUGCUUGUGUUGAAUUUCUUAUUUAAAAUUGUGCAUGUUAAAGGAGCACGCUAUAUGUAUAUCUAGUUUCUGAAGUUCUUGUGGCUCUUUUCUUUAGUUCAACAAAUAGGAAUAAAUAGACAUACGAAUGCAAUUUAGUAUUCAUUACGAUUUAUAUAAUGGCAACUAAAGAGAAUAUUUGCAUUAAUAAGUACAAUAGGGGAAUGAAGUUGUUGAGAAAGAAAAUAACUUAUUCCAUUCUAGGAAUAUAUUUACUUAAGAAUAAAAAUUCUGAAAUAUAGAUCGUUUCUGUUAUAUCAGAAUAACGUAAAACAAAAAUACUG